CUUGUGUAGAUUGGACUAGAAGAGUUGACGAAUUCAAACGGUUGCCCCAAAACAACCUCCAAGUGACAAGGAACCCACACUUGGUCGAGCCUGGAAAUUGCUAUGAGAAUGGGAUGCGUGAAUGGUGUGUGAAAGGUGGGAAUGCUGGACAAUUCGAUUCUGUAAGGGGAGUUUUGAGUAAAGAAAAGGAUGAACGAAGCAAAAUCGAAUUCGUACCACCUCAAGUCUUGUCGCGUGGUGCUGAUCCUGGUCAAGUUGUAGAAUGGUCUAUGGAAAAAGGCGCAGAACAAGAGAAGGGCCCCGAAACGUAUACGUCGUGGAAGGUCUUGAUCCAGAACUCUUGGUCUAUAGAAAAUAAGGGGAAAGCAAUGUUAGUAAAGUGGGAUAAAAGCCAAUCUACCCAGAAGAGGCAAAUGAAAAGAUCCACCCUGUACUUACCACAGUGGAACGAAACCUUG